AUGGCAGACGUAAAUAAUACCUGGGAAAACACAAACUUCAUGUUCCUCCUCAGUGAGGACUGUUCAGGUAUAACCUCGGCCUGCGAUAAACUCGGCAACUUGCUGGAGAUCUGCGACGAGACGUGCGACGAGGUAAAAGAGAAAACCUUGGCAAAUUUCACGCCUAUCACUAUUCCUCCUCUCUGUGUUACUAUCGGCUUCCCAAACCAAGGCAUAGCACACUACCUCGGAAGUAAACCGGGCGGCCAGAGAUUCCUCGCUCUUGUUUGCACUCUAGUGACCGCGUUUAAUCUGUCCGAGUGCGCACAGGUGCUAGUAAAUCUGAUGGGACGUCAUCUCAAGUUUGGAGAGAUACCAUGUCCCACAGCUGAACAGCUAUACCCGCUACUUAACACUGUCGAGGCGAGAUGUAACCUAUCCAACUUUGCCAGCUAUAUCGUAGACUAUGAGAUAAUAUUAUCUCACGAGCUUCGAAAACGAUACCACGGUGCCGCAUUUCCAGGCCGCCUAGCCAAGACCCCCGACACGAAUACUGUGGCCAAACUAACGGAGUUAUUGAUACUCAAACGAACUGGGGGUCCUAACGAUGACAAACCGAAGGCAAUAACAAUCCAAGCAGGCCGUUGCGUACCUUGGAUCGUAGCCUUUCUACGCUGGUGGCUUCGCAAAGAGCCCAUGGUCUAUAUAGGGGAAGGCCAAUCCCCACAAUACGAGAAGCUCAUACAGGGCGAGACGAAUAUCGGAAUAAAACUCGUGCUUCCGAGGCAGAAGGAUGCUCCAGAACCCAUCAGAAUCAGAGCCAUCUACUCGGAAUCACACUGGGAAGACUGGAAUUUCCACCAAGGCCGCGCGGAGCACUACAACGGUCUCGUCCCGAUGCGCACAUACUUCCGCCUCAUGCUAAACGCCCUCAAACUAGAUCAAGGGCAGGCCAACGAGGCAGCUGUAGAAGUCAUUCCUUACGCACUCUCCACGGCACGAAAAGGCCUAACAAUGUGCUCCGAGGGAUGCGUAUCCCGUAGUCGCUGGGGUGCACCAUGUGCUACGACCACAGACAUCGCCGGCGCAAAGUCUAAGCUCCGGCAGGAAUCGCGAGACGAAGACGAAGAAAAAGAGGGAAUAUUGGCGAGCGAAGCGCUGAAGAUCAGCUCAGGUCGCUUUGAACCGUUCCCGGAACGCACCGAUAUCAACAAUAUCCUACAACUCGUUGGCGGCUGCGAAGGAAAGCACAUGCAAGACCUACGAAGCAGACAAACGGGGUUACCACUCUGGGGACAUAAGGAGGCAGCCGCCUUCUUAGAACAGGCGAGGCACGAGGGCGAGCGCAAAGAUUGGCAGGCAGGCUUCCGUUCGCAAUUCCCCCUGGCCCAACCUGGUCCCACGACUAUCUUCAUCGAGCAGAUAGCACAUAUCGUCGCGACCAUCCUGGCACUAUCAUUAUUUCAAAACUCCGAGGAGCUCAUGGUCCGGCCAGACCCGUUUAUCUGGCACAAUGCCGAGUUUGCGCCAAGCACGGUGAUCUCGGCCAUCUGUCGUAUCUCUAGAGCACAGACGGCAUGUUGCGACGUGACGGAGUGGCAUCGCGUGUGCAGGAAGCUGGCCGGAGAACCGGAGGGACGACCGGAAAUCGAGCGGCGGAACGCGAUUAUAUCUUGCGGUGCCGGUCAGGUCGUAUGGCCGGCGAUUACGCUCGACUGGAAGUUACCUGUAAACGACGAGAGUUACCUACGACUUGGCUGGUGCCGAGGCAAGAUUUUCAAUCAUCACGGCUACAGAUUGUACCGUAGCAUCGUGGCCAUGAACUCGCGCGUUACGCCGGCCUUAGCGUCCCGAAGCGUGCCGGUGAUCCCACCUAGACUUACACCACCGUCCAACAACACGUCAGGGGUUAAGCAGACAACAACACAGUACGGAUUUAACCUGCAGCUUCACCCUCUAGACAAUCAAGUCUUGGAAUGUUGUCUGCUUAGGUGCUUCGAACACGAAGGCAACAGGAUGACAUUCGCCGCUCUCGAUCCAACCGGCGUCCUAAAAGUCCUGGCCUCUGCAGAGCGAAUCGAGUCAUGUCCUCACGACGAACAUGCGUCAGCAUCAGUAAACGUCGUUACCAACAACACAAAUGCUCUAGGUGGUGGUGGUGACGGUGACGGUAACGCGGCCGCCGCCGUACCAUUCCCAGACGUGUAUCUGUGCACCCCCGAAGACGCGCUCCCCUGGCUGCGGGACUGGGCGCGCAGGGCAGACGUUCAGCAAGUGGCGCGACAGGGUCUGAGCGAGAUACUGACACGCGUGCAGGGUGCGGAGGGACCGCCUGGUGCCGUAGCGGUGAUCCCGACUGCAGCUGACGACAUGCUGCGGAUUUUUACUUUGGCGAAGCCUGUCGGGGCGCAUGUUGCUAUUAGGGGACACGCGUGUCUGGCUUGUUGUGUGAAGUUUUGCAAGGAAUUUGGGUUCAGCGUGCUUGUGCUAUAGUGUUUGACAACACGUAUCAUG